CCGCUCAGGAGGGGGCCGCUGGCCCGGGCGGCUUGGGUGGUCAGUGACCCUGUCUCUCCCUCUCUGCUCCCGCCCUUGGCUCAAGCUGGAGCCCCACUCCACCUCUGGGUCAGGCUAGUCUCCCCCAUAGCCCAGGCUAGACCCCCCUUCAUCCGUGGUCCAGGCCAGGCACCCCCUCCAGUGUCCCAGGCGUGGUCCUUCUUUCCCUCCCCAUGGCCCGGGCUAGGUACUCCUUUCCUCACUUACGGCCCAUACUAGGCCCCUGCUCCCCACUGCACUCUGUUCCCCUCUCCAUGGUCCCGGCCUGGAGCUCCGUCACUUCCCACCUCCCGCCUGUGGCCUUAGCUCAGAUUUGUUCCCCCUCUCCUCCAUGGUCUCAUUCUGAACCUUCUUUCCUCUCCCGUAGUCUUAAGUCUGGACCUCCCCUCCUUCAUGGACUCCGCCUGGACCGUACCUCCCAUUUAUGCCACCCUUCCCCUCUUGCUACCGGUCUUAGCGCAGCCUGGGCCUGCGCUCUCCAACUUUACUCUGCCACCAGGGCCCUGCUCCCUGCCCUGCCCCUUGACCCAGUGGCUCACUCCCCCAUGCCUAGAGCGAACCUUCCCAGCUGUCUCUCUUCUGGCAUGGGAGCGAGGGGAGCUCUCAAACCAGGGUGGUGGUGGUACCAGUGCUGUGCCUUCUCAGGUUGAGGGUUGCCCCUUCUGGGGAGGCCGCCUGGGAGCGAGCAAGGGAAGGGCGGGCAUCUGUGUGCCCGGAAGGCAGCGCAGCGCGUUGUGGGCCAUCCCCACCCUUCGUGCAGCGGGUGCGGUGCCUGAGGAGUGUCCUGCGGGGCGCCGGGUUCCCACGGAGUGAGAGCAUGAGUGGGAGGGGAGGGCUGAGUGUAGGGGAGCUGACAGGACAGAGAUGAGCACACAAUUGCCCUUGUGAGGCCUUAGCCUUUGGGGGGCCGCUAGGACCUGAGCCCCACAUAAGGCCUGGACACGAUGCACCCUAGCAGGCGCAGCCUCCCUUUCCCCCUGAACUGUCAGCUUGUGAGGGUUGGAACUGCUGAUUAUGGAGGUGCCUCGGAUCAGAGUGAUCAGCAGCUGGACUGUGCCUUGGACUUAAUGAGGCGCCUGCCUCCACAGCAAAUCGAGAAAAACCUUAGCGACCUGAUCGACCUGGUUCCCAGUCUAUGUGAAGAUCUCCUGUCUUCUGUUGACCAGCCACUGAAAAUUGCCAGAGACAAGGUGGUGGGAAAGGAUUACCUUUUGUGCGACUACAACAGAGAUGGGGACUCCUAUAGGUCACCAUGGAGUAACAAGUACGACCCUCCUUUGGAAGAUGGGGCCAUGCCAUCGGCUCGGCUGAGAAAGCUGGAGGUGGAAGCCAACAAUGCCUUUGACCAGUAUCGAGACCUGUAUUUUGAAGGCGGCGUCUCAUCUGUCUACCUCUGGGAUCUGGAUCAUGGCUUUGCUGGAGUGAUCCUCAUAAAGAAGGCUGGAGAUGGAUCAAAGAAGAUCAAAGGUUGCUGGGAUUCCAUCCACGUUGUGGAAGUGCAGGAGAAAUCCAGUGGUCGCACUGCCCAUUACAAGUUGACCUCCACAGUGAUGCUGUGGCUGCAAACCAACAAAUCUGGCUCUGGCACCAUGAACCUCGGAGGCAGCCUUACCAGACAGAUGGAGAAAGAUGAAACUGUGAGCGACUGCUCCCCGCACAUAGCCAACAUCGGGCGCCUGGUAGAGGACAUGGAAAACAAAAUCAGAAGUACGCUGAAUGAGAUCUACUUUGGAAAAACAAAGGACAUCGUCAACGGGCUGAGGUCUGUGCAGACUUUUGCAGACAAAUCAAAACAAGAAGCUCUUAAGAACGACCUGGUGGAGGCUUUGAAGAGAAAGCAGCAAUGUUAAACCUCGGCUUCACGCUAACCGGACAUGCCAUGCACUCGUUAGACUCCUUUCUUAGAAAACUCGUUUUCUGCUCCCCUUCCCUCCUCCCUCCCUCCCUCCCCAGCAGGUCACAGAACAGCUCGCGACAUCGACUGCACUGCGCCAUCUCUCCCUGAGAAUAAAGCCCAAUAAACACCCUUCUCCUCUCUGAGGCCUACUUCCCACCACAUUUUGCUGUCAAAAUUCAAUAUUUCCUUAGAGACGGUGUUUUCUUUUUUUUUUUGAUCCCAACACCCUCCCCCCUGCGUUUCUCUCCUCCAUUUAUAGGCAUAAAAUACACUGUCUGUCUGCUUCCCUCCCCUCCCACCUUUUUGUUACAUUGGUGUAAAAAAUGUAAAACAAAAAAAUUUUAUGAAAUAACUGUGGUGUGUGAAAGAUAGAAGAAAAACUGGAAAUCUGAUUCCACGUGUGUCUGGGAGUUGCUUGGGGUUAGGGGUCAGGGGGACAGGGGACCGCUCUGGGAGGAAGGAGAGGCCGCCCUCAGCAUCGUCCUGCACAGACGCCCCUGUCCCAUGGAGACCAUGUUUUGGGGGUGGGGGUGGGGAUCUGCUGACCGUUCUGCUCUUCUGGCCAGGUGCUUUUCUGUCAAUUUUUAUGGAAUGCAAAGGAAUUUUUUUGUUUUAUUUUGUUUUUUUUUGUAAAGCUUAAACAAACAAAAAAAAAAUCUACAUCUUAUACUUGAGCCUCCAUACUUAAAAAAAAAAAAAAAGGAAAACAAAAAAAAAAAUAAAAAGAAGCUGGGACGCAGAAA